CACAUCGUUCGCUCUCAUGAAUUCAAAAAGAUUUUCUUAAUUACUCAAUUUAUCAUAAAAUGCUUUCCUGUUAGCAUAAAAAAAAAGUAUUAAUCACGGAUAGCUACACACAAAGAGAGAAAAAAUGGAAUAAAAAAGAUAUGAAGCUACCACUAGAAAUUUGUUGUUAAGUUCUGUAUAGGAAGGAGGAUGUCCAUGAGAAAAAAUUUGUAGUUGAAAGGAGAAAAGAGUUUUCAUUGCAGAAGCGUAAAGUAAAAAAAAGAAAACUCUGCAUUGAAAAAGAGAAAAGAAAUAUGUCAUGGAAUAAUGUCUCUAGUGAAUUAUACAGACUUGAUUCAAACACUUUAAGGGAAAAUGCUGGGCACACAACAAGGUUAUCUGCUACUCAUUUGCUUCUCUCGCCUGAUGGUUCGCGUAACCUUUUAGCCAAUUCAACAGAUAACGAUUUUAGUACGGAUGGCGUUUCUCUCUUUAAUCGUAUACCACGCCCGCGAAAUUCCAUGUUUUCCGUAUUUGGCUGUUGUUUCUCAUGUCAACGAUCCGUAUGUGUUCCGAUAAAAGAAUAUUUAGCGAGAAAAAAGAUCGAACGAGGGUUGAGGCUUUAUGAAAAGCACCAUCCGACUGCGGCUGUUAAAACAUGGCAAAGCGCAUUACAAUCGUGUAGUAAACGGGAGGAUAGAUUCGUACUUUUGAGCUAUCUCUAUCAAGCUCAUAUGGAUUUCGGCAAAUUUCGUGAUGCACUCGAUUAUGGUCACCAUCAAUUGGGCAUCUCUGAGGAGCUGGAUAAUCCACAAAUGAGAUCAGAAGCUUAUUUAAAUUUAGCACGAGCUCAUGAGAAAUUAGGUUGCCUAGAACGGAGUCUAAUGUAUGCACGUCACUCGUUAUACAACGAAUGUGAAGCUCAGUCAAGAAAUGGCGGUCUAGUUCAUUUAACCGUUGCUUCCGUAUAUUUAGAAUUAGGCGGAUUUCGUAGAUGCUUAGAGGGCUUACAAGGUGCCCAUAAAAUAGCAAUGAAUAUUGGCGAUACGACUUUAGAAUUGCAAGUUUAUGUUUUAUUAUCCGAGCUCUUCCAUCGUUUAUGUGAUUUUGAAAAGAGUGCUCGUUAUGCCUCGAAGGCAUACGAUUUAUCAAGAUCUUUACAAUUGGGUGACUUAAAUUCACGCCAUCAUCGAGCUGCAUUAUUGCGUAUGGCAUCGGCACUUCGGAAACAGGGUGAAUUGGGUGAUGCAAGGGAUUAUGUAGAAGAGGCGACACGUCUAGCGCUUAUUAGUGGAGAUCAAGCUUCUUAUACACGAAGUAUUAGAAUAUUGGGAGAUAUCUAUCGUAAAAAACUCGAUAUUGAUAGAGCUUUUAGGCAAUAUGAACAAGCAAUGGGAGCUGCUGCUAACAUGGCAGAUCGAAUGUCACAAAUGGAGGCAAUGGAUGGAGCUGCACGAUGCUUAGAAUCGCUUCGUAUUCAGAACAAAAUCUGUAGCUGUCGUCCAUUGGAAUUCAAUACUCGUCUAUUAGAAGUUUGUAAUUCAAUUGGAGCAAAGAUGUUGGUACGGAAAGUUCGUUUACGAUUAGCACAGAUCUAUAGAUCGCUUGGCGACGAGGAGAAUUAUCAAAAUCAUAUAAAAUUAGCAACACAAAUCGAGCAUUCAUUAGGAUUAAAUUGUUGUUUAUGUGGCGAAACUUACGGACUUGAGAAUGACUCUCUCGAAGCACUUCCAUGCGCACACAUUUUACAUUCACGGUGUGCACAAGAGAUUUUAAGAAAUCGUGAUAAGAAUAAUCCACGUCAAUGUCCUGCAUGCAAUCAUUUAUUUAAUUCAAAUUUGCACUUGUGUGCCAAAUUACCACCAGAAAGUGACGAAAUAAUUAACGAUACACUUUUGUCACACGCGAAUUCAAUUCGUCCAGCAUAUCGACGCAGUAAUUUGUCAUUAGCAUCUUUGAAUCUUCGAGCUUCAAGUUUAACAAUUAAUAGUGAUUGUAAUAAUGUUACAUCAUCAGUCUAAUUAAAUUAUUAAAAU